GACACAUCACUAGUUGGUAUAUUCAGCACCGGAAGGCCCUAUAAGUGAAGAUAAUAGGGUCGAUGAGCUCUAGUUGCCUCGAGCCUCUUUGCAACCCGUUGGUUUCCUGUCUCCGGCUUUACUAUGGCAAGCCCUCGUCCGGUCUAUUCUAUCAACAUAUGAGCAGCAUCUUUCCCACUCUGGUUGAAUGCAGCGUCUAUCACGGUUAUUGUUCAAGACGACUGUUGGACGAUUCCGAAGCCGGACGCAGUGAGCGCAUGCAUCCUGAAGGAUCACUUGAACAAGGAACCUCGACAAACAGCCGGCAUCGGAGUUGUCAAAACGACUUGCUGGUUCAUCCGAGGCGUUUUCGUAUUUCCGUCACACAUCAUUACCCUCGGUUCUUCAACCAACACGCCGACUCUAGCGCAGGCGUCUUCCCUGUCGAUGAGCGGCAUCACAUGAGUUCGGAUGAUUUCAACCAUGCAGGUUUUCUGCAAUGGCUGGCAACGGACAUUAUCCUCCUGCCAAACCCGGAGCCGACGGAGUUUUCGGUCGUGGCCCCGGUCGACGCGGUGGCCACGGUGAACGGCAUCUCACCUCGGCAUCCCGUUCUGGCAGCGAGGACUUCUGGCUCUUCCGGGCCGGCUUCCCACGUUGGAUGCACCCCCAAACCUUCGAUUCCCCGGACAUGUGAGAAUGCGGGGGAACGCGCCCAGCCAAGUCAGGAAAUAAGAUCGGGGGGUGCAGCUUGAGCCGCACGAGACGACUGCAACGUCAACUCACUCAGCUGAAGGCAAAUGUUAUCAUGUGUCAAUGGCGUUAUACUCACGCGACGCCAAAGGCUUGGGGGUAGAGACGGAGGUUCAUGGCCGGCACAUUCGCUCGGCAGAGGUCUGUUCGAGACCCGGAAUUCCAGACCCAGGACCCCGGAUGAUCUGUUUUUCUGGGAGAAUUGCACUAACACUGGCGAGGUGGAAGUAGAGCUAGCAGAAGGCUAACACGGCCACCACCCGGCGAGACUUCCCCCGCUGGGAAAUUGUAAACACCAGCAGCGAAGCCAUCUUUGCGCUUCCCCGCUAACCUCGUCUCCGGGC